AUGGCUAGUCUACUAUGGUUUGCUCACUUUCUCUCCUUCCUUUUGUUUCACUUGCGUUUCCAAGCUGGUUCUUCUCUACCUUUUUCUUUCAAUUCCUCCUCUGCAGCCAUGCCGUGCCAACAUGACCAGAGUCUUGCCUUGCUCCAAUUCAGGAAAACCUUUUCUAUUAGAAGUAAUGCCUCUUUCUGGGAUUUCCUUUACCCCAAGCCUUAUCCCAAGACAGAGUCUUGGAAAGAGGGCACAGAUUGCUGCUUGUGGGAUGGGGUCACUUGCGAAAUAGAAACAGGUAAUGUAAUUGGCCUUAACCUUUCUUCUAGCUUGCUCUAUGGUACCAUCCAUUCUAAUAAUUCUCUUUUCCUCCUUCCUCAUCUCCAAAAGCUUGACCUCUCCAACAAUGACUUCAACCAAUCUCAAAUUGUGCCUCAAUUUGGCCAGUUUUUGAAUUUAAGGUAUCUUAACCUAAAUCACUCUGUUUUUGAGGGCCAAAUUCCACUAGAAAUUUCUUAUCUGCCUGCUUUGGUUUCGCUUGAUCUUUCUAAGAACCCUUAUUUGAUACUUGAAACCUUUAUUUUUAACGAGCUUGUUCAAAACCUGACCCAGUUACAGCAAUUGGACUUGAGUGAAAUAAACAUGUCCUUGGUCGGGUCUAGUUCCUUGAUGAAUUUGUCUUCUUCUUUGACAUCUCUCAAACUCAGCGAAUGCCAAUUGCAAGGGAAAUUCCCAGAUAUCAGUCAUCUAUCCAAGUUGGUUUUAUUGGACCUCUCCUAUAACAAUUUUAGUGGUGAGAUUCCAUCCUCAAUGGAAAAUUUUAAACAGCUUGAUACUUUAUACCUUGACAACAACAAUCUCAAUGGUCAAAUUCCAUCCUUACUCGGAAGCCUUAAGGAACUCUCCUCAUUGGACCUCUCCUAUAAUAAUUUUAAUGGUGAGAUUCCCUCCUCAUUUGAAAACCUUAAACAGCUUUAUUUUUUGGACCUCUCCUGUAACAAUUUUAAUGGUGAGAUUCCCUCCUCAUUUGAAAACCUUAAACAGCUUUAUCAUUUGGACCUCGAAGACAACAAUCUCAAUGGUCAAAUUCCAUCCUCACUUGGAAGACUUAAGAAACUCUCCUCAUUGUACCUCUCCUAUAACAAUUUUAAUGGUGAGAUUCCCUCCUCAUUUGAAAACCUUAAACAGCUUCACAGUUUGUGCCUCUAUAAAAACAAUCUCAGUGGUCAAAUUCCAUCCUUACUUGGAAGCCUUAAGAAACUCUCCAUGUUGGACCUCUCCUAUAACAAUUUUAAUGGUGAGAUUCCCUCCUCAUUUGAAAACCUUAAACAGCUUGACAAUUUGUACCUCAACAAAAACAAUCUCAGUGGUCAAAUUCCAUCCUCUCUUGGAAGACUUAAGAAACUCUCCUCAUUGUACCUCUCCUAUAACAAUUUUAAUGGUGAGAUUCCCUCCUCAUUUGAAAACCUUAAACAGCUUGAAAGUUUGUACCUCUAUAACAACAAUCUCAGUGGUCAAAUUCCGUCCUUACUUGGAAGUCUUAAGAAACUCUCCAUAUUGGACCUCUCCUAUAACAAUUUUAAUGGUGAGAUUCCCUCCUCAUUUGAAAACCUUAAACAGCUUGACAGUUUGUACCUCCACAAAAACAAUCUCAGUGGUCAAAUUCCAUCCUUACUUGGAAGCCUUAAGAAACUCUCCUCAUUGGACCUCUCCGAUUUAUCCAAUAACUUGUUACAUGGCCCAAUUCCAAGUUCAAUUUUCAAACUUAUGGACUUGAGAGUUCUCAUUCUUUCAUCCAACAAAUUGAUAGGAGAAGUCUCAUCUGUAGUUUGCAAUCUAAAUUCUCUUGAAAUUCUUGACUUGUCGAACAAUAGUUUGAACGGCUUCAUACCACAAUGUUUGGGAAAUUUCAGCAACAAUCUUUCAGUAUUACACUUGGGCAUGAACCAAUUCCAUGGAACCAUCCUUGAAACGUUUUCAAUAGGCAGCAACUUGAGAUAUUUGAACUUCAAUGGUAACCAAUUGCAAGGGAAAAUUCCACCUUCCAUCUCCAAUUGUAUAAAUUUGGAAAUUUUAGAUCUUGGAAACAAUAAUAUAGAUGACACAUUCCCCCAUUUUCUGGAAACACUUUCGAAGCUACAAAUUCUAAUUCUAAAAUCCAAUAAAUUUCAUGGUUUGGUGAAAGGGACCUCUGCCCAUUAUUCAUUCUCAAAGCUGCGAAUUUUUGACCUCUCCAACAACAUGUUUAGCGGACCUCUACCUGCGGAGUAUUUCAACAAUUUCAAGGCAAUGAUGAUCUUUGAUUUGAAUAUGAAAUACAUGGGGGCGCCAAAUCAUUCUUAUGAUUAUUCUGUGAGUCUGACACUCAAAGGCUUAGAGAUUGAGUUGGUGAAAAUCCAAACGCUUCUUACAUCCAUUGAUUUGUCGGACAAUAAAUUCACAGGGGAGAUCCCACAGUCAAUUGGAAAGCUUAAAUCACUUAAGUUGCUCAACUUGUCUCACAAUCAACUCACAGGCAAUAUUCAACCAUCAUUGGGGAAUUUGAGCAAUUUGGAAUCUUUAGACCUCUCUUCAAAUCUUCUUGUUGGAAGGAUUCCAAUGCAGUUGACAUAUUUGACAUUUUUGGAAGUAUUUCGGGUUUCACAUAAUCAACUUGAAGGACCUAUUCCGGAAGGAAAGCAGUUCAACACAUUUGAUAGCACUUCAUAUGAAGGAAAUUUGAGAUUGUGUGGACUUCCACUAGAAAAAUGUGACAAUGGGGAGGGGAAAAAACCAACAACAUCAAAGGAAGAUGAUUCCAAGUCUAAAAAUGGAUUUGGAUGGAAAGCUGUAUUGGCAGGGUAUGGAUGUGGAGUAAUAUUUGGUGUUGUAAUGGGAUAUGUUGUGUUUAAAACAAGAAAACCUACAUGGUUUGUGAGGAUGGUUGAAGGUGAAGGGCAUCGAAAGCCAAAAAGAUUUAGCAAUUAA